AUGGAUUUGAACAACGUCUUCACUCCCGAAUCCGAAGAGCGUCUCAAGAGAUUGAUGGUGGAAAGACAAGUACCUGGAUGUUCAAUCGCACUGGUCCGCCGUGAUAGCAAUGCAAACACUUGGGAAGAGUUGAUUAGGACUUAUGGUACUGCAAGGGAUGAUCAGCCAGUUUCUUCGAAAACGAGAUUCCCCAUAGCCUCCCACACCAAGCUUUUCACCGUUUUAGCUUUGUCCAAGCUACUGGAGGAGAACGAUUUCACCUUCGAAACUAGAAUCAAGGAUAUUGUACCUGAGUUCAAGCUUGUAGAUAAAGUAGCAGAGACGAGACUGAGUGUAGCGGACGUCUGUGCUCAUGUCAGCGGUGUACCAGGAUAUAAUCUUGGUUAUAGAAAAGGCCAAACGAAGUUUGAAAUUUUCAAGCUGUUUAAGGACCUAGCUCCCUCAACGGAAUUUCGAGGCGGUAAAUCUCAUCAGUACAGUAAUAUGGGGUACGAUCUACUCGGAUACAUAAUCGAGCACCUCUCCAAGGACACUUACAGAGAUCAUAUCCGGAAAAACAUCCUGGGACCCCUUGGCAUGAAGACUGCAGGUUUCUCGCCUGAUGAGAAUACAGCAAAGGGGUACAGAUGUGAUAUUGAGGAAUACUCUGCGCAAGGGUCACUGAGCGAGGUGGAUAUGGAUGUGUUGGGAGAUGAAAGCUGGGACAGCUCUGGUGGUUUGAUUGUAAGUGCGGAGGAUAUGGUACGAUGGAUGGAAGCUUUCCCUAUUCUACCAGGUUACACAUUUGCCACCACACCUCGAUCCUUCGAUCCGAGCUGA